UCGAGGCAGAAACUCACCGGCACCGGGGCCGACAGCGUCUACAACAAAAGCCUCGCAGGAAACUGAAUGAGAGAGCAAAUAUCAGCCUCCAGCCUCUGAGUGAACAGACAUUAUCGGCCAGCGUGUUGCAGACAAGAAGCACAGAUGGACACCAGGAGCACCACUGAAGAGAAACCCGUCCAGCGAUCUAAGGUAGAUUCUUUCAGCUUUAAGACCCAAAAGGAAGUGUGCACCUCAUGUGAGAAGACGGUCUACCCAAUGGAGAGAUUGGUUGCCAACAACUUGGUCUUCCAUUCAUCAUGCUUCUGCUGCAAGCACUGCAACGCCAAACUGAGACUUGGCACCUUUGCAGCUCUUCAAGGUGAUUUUUACUGUAAACCCCACUUUCAGCAGCUGUUCAAAAGCAAAGGCAACUACGACGAGGGCUUCGGACGCAAGCAGCACAAAGAGCUCUGGACCGCCAAGGAGACGGAUAAUAUAACGAAGACGGCAUAAUCGGGCCCGUGUCCCGUCCCAGCCAUGCCGCUUUCUCUCCCCUCCCAUCACCUCCAGUACAUCACGAUGAACACAUGCCUCGUACGCUGAGGCGCUGUUUAAUCUCCCACUUGCUCACUCGCUAUUUAAAUGCCACCAGAACAGAUACAUGCACAAACUGCAUGGAGAUGACUGGCCAGUCAUAAUCCAUUCCACUAUAAAAACAAUUAUAUUUGUGGGUAGAUUUUGGGUUCAAUUUAAUUGAUAUCCGUCUUCAGCAUUUUCCUGUUUUGGAAUUGGUAGUUGGUUGUGACCAAAAGCCUCUCAAGUACGGAGAGUAUAAUAAUAUAAAAAAUCACGAUUUUUUAAAAAUAAUUCCUCUUUUAAAUAAUUUGCACCCUUUUUUUAUUUGUAUUAUACAUGUCAACUUUAUGCUCAGGCAAACGUACCCGAGCCGUUACAGAGCGUCCGUGUUUCGCAAUAGAGCAUACACUCAGGUCAAUUUUCACCCCAAGAUGUAAAAGAUAAUUUUGCAGUUUCAUUCAAAACAACAAAUCAAAAUAACAGUCCUCAGUAUUGUGACUUUGCUGUCAGACAUUUAUGUCAGUUUGUUAGGUUUCAUAUAUUUGAGGAACAAACAGGGUACGGAGUACUGUAAAAUAACAGCACACAUCAGCAACAGCUCACCUCUUGCGUUUUACAUUUGUGUGUUAAGUUUUUAAAUGUCUGCGUCAUCCCACGGUUUGUUCUUAUUUUAUUGACCGCUGUGAGUCUUAUCCUUGCAUGUUGGGAGGACUGGGUCUUAAUAGCCUUAUCUUAUGACUGUAUUGAUCUUUUGUGUUGUGAAUUAUUUGUUCCAUUAAUGCAUAGCAAAUCACUUUUUAAGGGUUUUUAGAAGCACUUGAGUUUGGAUUUGAUGUCUCUGCAUAAGUGGAUCCUCUGAGCUUUUAUUGAUGGUUGAAAUGUUAAUGAAAUUCUCAGAUUGUGUUUUGUAUACUCUCUGUACGUAGCGCUGUAGUUCGUGAUUAGUGAACAUUCCCCACCUCGCUGUACUCUCGUCUUGCACAUGUGACCACAACGUGACCACUAGCCACGAUAUUGUCAGGGAAACUGAGGCCUUGUUCGUGAACGUCCAUCACUCUGCUGGAGGAAACAUCUUAAGAGGAGCUGUUGGUGAAACCGAUGACGACGACGACUACAUUCCUAAUGAAGUUGUUGAUGGACGUAGCUUGAGCCUUGCAGGAAACCACACACUUUUUGUUCCUUCGUCAUUUCACGCUUUGUCAGUUGUUGGUGUCUCGUGGUGAUUUUUCCCCCCCCCCUGCUGUAUUUGAGUGUUCAUGUAGCUGGACAGUCUUUUUGGGGGACGUAGAUGGAUCCAAUCCAAUCGCAGUGUCUUGAACAUCUUUCAUUUUAUUAACCCUCCCAUUCCCCCAGUCCCAGCCGGUAAGCGUGGACAGGUUUCCUUUAUAAAUUAAUGCCUUCCUGUUCUCAUUUCCUGUCUUAUUAGCUAAAUGCAUUUUAGCACCUGGACCUAUUUCUUAAUCUUGAAUUUCCAGUAGGUGGCUGAGGGAGGGUUGGUCAGAUAGUGGAUCCCCUGACGUGCUCCUGCAUGCAAAACCCGGAGCAGAGCACCCCCUGCUGGGGAAAGGGUGGCGGUAGUGUUUAGUGUGAAAGGAAGAAAAGCGACUCGCCCCUGAACUCGAUAGAGCUUUUUUUUAUUUUUAUUUAAAAUGUUUUAAUAUGUUGCCUCUGUCUGCAGUGCAGCUACUGCACUCAGACACAUUUUUGAAUUCAAUUUUAUUCUCACACCUAAAAUAAAUCAAACCAGUUGGAUUAGAGUUCCACGUCUAUUUCAUUCUAUUCAAAGAAUGAGCCUAAAGCCAUUCAAAUAUCUCGUUUUAGAAAAUGUCUAAAUACCACUGACUUGACUGACACUUGAAUGACACAGAGUAGAUGUGUGACUGAAGGUUUACUGUGAACGAGAAGAGAAAGCUAAACUAGAACAGAUGGAUAUGUGCAACUUUUUCUUUUCUUUAAGAGAAGCCUUAGAAAUAAAAAGCUUAUCGUAUCGCCUUUCAAACAAGUCUGUUGAGUGCAAAAAGAUCUCAUAAUGCCUUUUCAAAAACCGACCUGCUUAGUUUAGAUGCCCGCUCUUUAACAUAGGAUUACUUUACUCCAACAGCAGCCAUUUGUCCUAUCUAACCACUUGUUAUCCACAAAUAAUAAUUCUUAAUCUGUGUAACAUUGUAUAUUUUCCCUCUCUUUUUUGGGGUUCAAAGUCAUCCUCUUGAUCCCUGAGAAAUAUGCUUUAAAAUCAAGAGUGUUGUAUCUAGAAAUGCAGUCUUUGUCAUCCCCCGUUAGCAGUGCGCCAAGGUACAACCGCAGGAUCUGUGAACUGCGACGUGUGAGUGUAACAGAGCAGACGCGGCUCAGGUGAUGACUGCAGUGUAACGUUGUCUGUUAAACCUGUGAGUCGUUUCAUUUGUGUGCUUAUCUUGAUGUGGACUUUCCAAUGCUGUUGUCAUCCAGACAUCUUAAAUGUAUGCAUCUUUGAACAUGUAUUCUGUACAGACUUGACCUGUGGAGGUGGCCUUACAGCAAAGGACUCUUGGACUGUGUUCUCGCUCGUUCUCCUCUAGUCGCCCUUCUCUGUUGUUUAGUUGUUAAAUGGAAGUGUAACAUUUUGAAAUGUAAGCGCCCCCCCCCCCCUUCUACACCAAUCAUUUUGUGCAUUUUCUUUCUUUUUUACAUGCUUUUGGAGAAAAAAAUUAAAUGCUGGUGUUGAUUUAA